GGCACGAACGUCUGUGGCAAAAUGGGAGGUGGUGAGCUUAUUCUUUUGUACAAGCAGAUCUGAUUCAGAGGAUAGUUUCACUUUAUCAACAUAAAGUAGUUCCUUUUAUUUUCUAAUGAGAAUUAGCAGAUUCCUCUCUAUGAGGUGUGCGUCAGGAUAAAUGUAUGAAGCAUAGUGCCUUCAUUUUGCAUCAUCUCUCUCCUGUUCUCUAUACGUUUCUUUCAAUAGUACUCAGAGCGAUUGAUUUGCAUGGACCAUCAGUUUCCUAAGAUGGAAAUAUUAAUGCAGAAAGAUCAACUUUCAUCUUAUGUUCAUGAAGGAAUGACCAUGGGAUCACAUUUUUUUGGUGAUCCAAUUGUUUGGGGCGCUCUAACUAAGAGUACUACUGCUUGUCAUGACCACCAUGGCGGUAGUGGUGGCAUGAAAUCAUCACCAGCAUCACCUGACAGGCUGUUUUCGAGCUCCGAUUCUACUUCUUCCACAGAGGAGGCUUCUGAUGCCAGUUGGAGCCACAACAUCCCUGGAUUCAGUACUAAACAGGAUGUCAUCCAUGAUGAACACCAUCAAAGUCCAUUUGUUUCUGGAUUGAAUCCUGACCACCCGCCUGGAGCUUCAGCAUCAGGUGCGAAAGAAAGCUUCAUUCCUGUAAAUUUUUUGGGUGCGUUUCCAAAGCUAACACAGGCUCAAGUUUCUCAACCCUCUUCUCCAUCUUCAUUGUCAGCCAAAACUAGAUACCCGAAUUUAACUUUAUUUCUGCAGGAACCUAGCCUUUUAGAUUCAUCUUCAAGAAUAGCUGAUAAUUCGCCUUGCAAGAACAUAAAAUGUCAAUCCAUUUCAUCAUCUUCCUACCCAUCAUUUCCUAUGACCCAAGUUGCCCAUAUUCCAUCCCGUCGGAGCAACGAAUGGCUAAACUACUCCUCCAAAGGUCUUAAUUAUGGCUCCUGGCUCACCACCAAGACCCAACCCAUGAAGUACACCGGACGAAGAAUGCAGAAUCAUGAGCUACAGAAGACUAACUUUUCAUCCGUGUCAUCAUCGCAAGGGAAGCUAUACAGAGGGGUGAGACAAAGGCACUGGGGGAAAUGGGUUGCUGAGAUAAGGUUACCAAGAAAUAGGACAAGGGUUUGGUUGGGGACUUUUGACACUGCUGAAGAUGCUGCCAUUGCAUACGACACAGCGGCUUAUAUUCUACGUGGGGAAUAUGCACAAUUGAAUUUCCCAGAUCAAAAGCAUCAACUCAAGACUAAUUCAUUGAAUGGAGCCACAGCAGCGCUGCUCGAAGCAAAGCUAAGGGUAAUAUCACAAGGCAUUUCUGCUAAAAAGAAGCCCAUUGAGUCACCACAAACACCACCAAAGAACAACCCUUCUGAGGAUACAAAACUCCAAGCUUUGAGCCAAAACUCAUCAAGAAAAGAGCGACAGUUUGAGUGGGAGAGCAAGGCUGGAUCAGAGAUGAUUGAGAACAAGAAAACUCAGGAGGCAUUAUCAGAUGUGGAAGCCCUUCAAUUAAGUAGAAUACCGUCCUUGGACAUGGAUAUGAUCUGGGAUGCUCUUUUAGUCUCAGAUUCAUGACCAUCAGCAGUACAUCUUAAAUAUACAAGCUGCAAAUGGUACCAAGAUUGUGGAUUGAACUCCAAUAUUCUUCUUGUGGGUAUUAUGUUUUUGCUUUGAAUCGCACAUAACACCAUAUAUCUUUCAUUAGGAAGCCUGAUGGGUUUUAUAUUUUUCCCAUUGAUGGCCAUUGGUCAUAUUUAGGUUCAUGAUAUUUACUUGAAAAGAUGUUCUUUAUGCAGCUCUUUUCCUUUUUCUUCUGUAAAAAAAAAAAAAAAAAAACGGUAGUUAAUUUGUUGGUUUUU